ACAACUUUUUACCAUCAUUGAAAAAUAAUAUUGAAACUAGAAAACGUGAUGUGAAAUGCUGGUCUACAUGUUUGAGAUAUAAUUGAGCUUAUUUCUUAAUGAUUUUGAAUAAAAAUUGUAUAUUAUUUACAUAACAGGUUAAUUUUUACACUGUUUUACGUUUAUUAGACAUAUUUUACGAGACUUCUGAAUUGAUAGGAUGCUCACUCACGUAGUAAAUUUUGGAUUGAAAUUUCAAGAAAAUCCCAAGUCUUUAUAAAAUGCUCUAUGAAAUCUAAUAUUGCAUUAAAUGUACAGUUAAGUUGUUAUAAAUGCUUUGGUCCCACAAGCCAUACAAUUAUGCCACAUACUAGUGCUUGGCUGUGAUUAAUAUAUUGGUUACUUUAUAGUGAACAGCUAAACAGGUCGUGCGUUUUCAACUUUAUAAGAAAAUAGAUGGUUAAGUCUCUCAAAAUAAGAGCAUUUCUACAAUUAAACAAGAAACAUUCGUAAAUUUUGAUGAAUUUAAUAUUGUGAACUGAGUUUCAGCCUUUCCUUUGCAAAUAACUAGGACUUUACUAUAUAGUUCCUCACUCUGAUAGUAGAUAGACCGCUUACUUCGCUAUGUCUAAGUUUCUUAUCGUUCUAUCCUUACUAAUUUUAAAUAUUUCUUACAUUGGUGUGCUCUGUCAUCGUGGACCAUCGGACACUCCGAUCUCCACUAUCGAGCCUCCAUACGAAAAGACGGAACAUCCGUUUCCGCCUCAGUUGGACUUAUGGGGAAAGAAUAGAACCAGUUACCCGACUAAUGCCCAUUGGACUAAUUUCGUUUUGGAAGAUGGUGAUUUACCAGGAGCACCUCUACCAUUUGUUAUGCACGCGCUUGCAGAUGGUCCGGUUUUGAGUUAUCCGCAUAUAACUUGUGACUCUGCGACGUGCUUUGCAAUGCCUACACUUGACUUUAAGGCGAGUGCUUCUGAAAUUACAGAGUCGUCUUCUCAUUAUGUAGCGGAUUUUGACGAACUUUCUUUGACAAUGCAAUGGUCGCCGUCUUCAUCCCCUAAAUCCAGGCAUUAUAUGAGGAUGAACGCUAACGCGAACGACGGGAUGAACGCUAACGCGAACAGGGGCAGUAGAACGAGAACAGCCGGUAGAGGUAACAGAUCUGACCAUAGUCGUGGACAUAGGUCUGGUGAUAGUGCCUCUGAUCUGAGAUCAGUAGAGGUGAACCGAUCUCGCUAUUCAGCAAGAUCAGGAUCGUCAUAUUCGUCGGCAGAAGAUUGUUCGGAAAUUAUUUGUGGAAUUCCAAGCGACUAUUUGACAGUGCAUGCCGUUUAUGGUUCUCCGUACAUGACGUUGAAGUAUGGUGGACUUACUCCAGUCUUUACUUCUCCAAACUCUAUUGAAAAGGUCAAUGAUCAAAAUUCAGACAAAUCUUUCACAGGCACGAGAUUCAGCGUAACUUUUAACACCGGAAAUCGUUACAUCAUUUAUGUAUUGAACGGCUCUAUUACUCUGGACUGGGAAGGUAAUAAAUUGGUGUCUAAAAGCCGUUAUAGUGGUGUAAUACGUGUGGCAGUUGCCAAUACAGACGAUAUAGAAGAAUUGUUAGAUGAGCACGUUACUCCUUACCCAAUCGCGGGUAAGAUUUCAACUAGUUUUUCAGGUGAUAAUGGAGAAAUUGUAUUUGACUGGAUUACUGAAGGUGAUGGGGAUGAUGAUGAUUUGCUCAUGUUGACGCUGCCUCAUCACCGUCAGUGCCUGGAGAACAAGGACUUUCUGCAGCCCAAGUGGUCAUCUCUUAAGGGUGACAUGCUCGGUAUACUGGGAUCAAAAUGGAAAAUGAUUGAGCCUUUGACAAAGAUUGAAUUCCGAGCGCCGCGAGGGAUUAGUCAGGACAAGUUAGAUGACGUCAAAGCAGCUAUAGUAGACGAUUUGGCAGAAGUCCCUAUUCCGACUGACACGUAUUCAUUUGGUAAAGUGUCAGCACGAUAUGCGCGACUUGCUCUUAUUGCAGAUGAGGUAGGAGAUACCAAAUCUCUUGACGAGUAUUUGAGUCGAUUAGAGUCUUCCUUGACUCCUUGGCUCAGUAAUAGCAAUGAAAACAAGUUGCUGUACGAUACCAGUUGGGGUGGCAUCAUUUCUACAUUUGGGAGGGACGACUCGGGAGCAGAGUACGGUCAGGGCUGGUAUAACGAUCAGCACUUCCACUGGGGUUAUUAUCUUUAUUCAUCAGCAGUUUUGGCAAAAUUCAAGCCAGAAUGGGGCAAUCAGUAUAAGGAAGCCGUUAAUGCGUUGGCAAGAGCCAUUGCCAAUCCAUCACCAGAUGACGAAUAUUUCGUUACUACUCGUUAUAAGGAUUGGUAUGUUGGACAUUCAUGGGCAUCAGGUUUGUUCCCGUUCGGCGAUGCGAAAAAUCAAGAAUCCACAUCUGAGUCGGUUAACGGAUAUUAUGGUCUUUAUCUAUGGGGCUUGGCAAUCAAUGAUGAGCAUAUUAAGAAUUGGGGUCGCCUUCUGUUGGCAACAGAAAUACGCUCUAGCAAGCUGUAUUGGCAAAUUCCUUCAAAGGAGGACAGCGUCUACCUGCCCCCUUUUACCGAUAAUACGUGUGUUGGGAUUGUAUGGUGCACAAAGGUUGAUUAUACCACCUGGUUCGGAAACCAAGUAGAAUACAUUCAUGAGAUUCAACAGAUACCCUUUACUCCUAUAAGUGAAGAGCUGUUAGGUAAAGAGUGGAUAGAAGUUGAAUAUCCGGAUGUAGCGUCAGGGUUGACCAGAGAAGAUCCACCUAUUCAAGAAGGCUGGAAAGGAUUUAUCUAUAUGACUCAGUCUAUCAUAGACAAGGAGGGCGCUUGGAAUAAUGCCAAAGGCUUGACUGCCUACGACAAUGGAAACUCCAAGUCGAAUACUUUAUACUUCAUCGCUACUCGGGAUUGACCUUUGACCACAUGAAUUUUGGCCUAAAAUGUAUUACAUGAUGUUGGUAUUCAAUUUUUUAGAGUAUACAUAAUGUAUUAAACACAAACAAGAUUUCACUUUUUAAA